CUGUUACACCCAGGUGAUGUAAACCGCGUCGUUGACACGCUUCAGGUAUUCAGCUCCGCAUCAGCGUACCUGAAUCAAGAGCAGCGGAGCGCGGUUCAGUCUUCUGUGUCUGAACCGGACCGAGGCGCGAAGAGGAAACGCAUUCACGAGGCGGAGGAGAUGGAUGACAAAGAGAAAAGGCGGAAGGAUGACAACUCUGUCAAGAGCGACAAAGUCACUCUGAAGAAAGAAAUUGGACUCCUGAGCGCUUGCGCCAUUAUCAUCGGGAACAUCAUCGGCUCAGGGAUAUUUAUCUCGCCUAAAGGAGUGCUGGAGCAUGCAGGCUCGGUGGGGCUGUCGCUCAUCGUCUGGGUCUGUGGAGGGGGAAUCUGUGCCCUUGGGUCCUUGUGUUAUGCCGAACUGGGCGUCACAAUCCCAAAGUCUGGAGGAGACUACUCGUAUGUGACAGAAAUCUUCGGAGGGCUUGUGGGCUUCCUGUUAUUAUGGAGUGCUGUCCUCAUCAUGUAUCCAACCACACUGGCUGUCAUUGCCCUCACCUUCUCCAAUUACGUCUUGCAGCCAGCCUUUCAGAGCUGCCUGCCUCCGUUCAUCGCCACCAGACUUCUGGCUACCAUCUGUGUCUUGUUCCUGACGUGGGUGAACUGUUCCAGUGUGCGCUGGGCCACCAGAAUUCAGGAUGUUUUCACCGUGGGGAAACUUCUCGCUCUCGCCCUCAUCAUAGUGGUGGGACUAGUCCAAAUCUUUAGAGGUCACUACGACGCCCUGCGGCCCAGCGCGGCUUUUGAGUUCAGUCAGGACCCCUCCGUGGGACAGAUAGCCCUGGCCUUCCUCCAGGCCUCCUUUGCCUACAGCGGGUGGAAUUUCCUCAACUAUGUCACAGAGGAGGUUGUGGAGCCACGCAAGAACCUCCCCCGUGCCAUCUACAUCUCCAUCCCACUCGUGACUUUGGUCUACACCAUGACCAACAUCGCCUACUUCUCCUCCAUGACCCCAGAAGAGCUGCUCACCUCUAACGCCGUGGCAGUGACCUUUGGAGACAAGCUGCUGGGGAUGUUCUCCUGGGUGAUGCCCAUCUCUGUGGCGCUGUCCACUUUUGGAGGCAUUAACGGGUACUUGUUCACCUCCUCCAGGCUGUGUUUCUCAGGAGCCAGAGAGGGUCACCUGCCAUAUCUGUUGGCCAUGAUCCACCUAAAAAACUGCACACCAAUCCCUGCCCUGCUGGUCUGUUGUUUCGCCACAAUAGUCAUCCUGUGCAUCGGAGAGACGCACAACCUGAUCAACUACGUGUCUUUUAUCAACUAUCUGUCUUACGGGGUAACGAUUGCCGGCCUGCUGUACCUGCGAAAGACGAGACCCAAUCUAUACAGACCAAUCAAGGUUAGCAUGUUGGUCCCGAUAGCCUACCUGAUUUUCUGGGCUGUCCUGCUGUGCUUCAGUUUGUACUCUGAGCCCGUGGUUUGCGGCCUUGGAAUGGUCAUUAUGCUGACCGGGGUUCCUGUUUACUUUGUUGGAGUUCAGUGGAAGGAAAAACCCAAAUGGAUUUACAGGCUAGUUGAGAGAGUCACAUACAUGGGCCAGAAAACGUGUUACGUAGUGUUUCCUCAGGAGGACUCCUCAGAGACUGAACCCCUCACUGCCAAAGCCACUGACUGAGCAGUGAAGUCAACAAGGACUUCCAUUGUUGCAUCAACACCUGCACUUCCAGUUUUUUUGUUUUUUUUUCCCUCUUAGGUUUUUCACAUUGUUUUCCCGGUGAAUUGUGAAGAGACGGCUCCAUCCAUUUGAAUGUGGCUUUGGUGGAGCCAUGAAAGGAGGAAAAAAAAAAAAGGGCAUUCAGUUAUUCUGAAGGCAUCAGAAGCUCUGGAGCAUGUGUUUUUAUCCGUUAGUUUUCUCUCGCAAUUUUCACUUAUUUUUCACCCCCCCCCGUCCGGUCGUCAACCAUUUCUCAUCCAGUAAUUUUCCUUCACUAAAUUUUCACGCUAAUGUGCCUUAUGGUCGUGUAGACUUUUGCCUUGUGCGGGUAUUCUGGGUUUUUAUGAAGCGAAUAUGCAAGCGGUUUCUGCAAUAUUCACUGUUACUGUUCACUAAUGACUCUCCUGU